AUGUNUAAAUUAUCUUGUUUAACAUGUAAAUCUUUAAUAGAUUGUUAAACAUGUUAAUCUACUUAUACAUUAAGUAAAUUAGGAUGUAUUUGUAAAAUCAAUUAAUAUGAACAAUCUAAUUAAUGUUUUGAUUGUCCAUUAGAAUGUAAUUAAUGUUUAAGUUCAACUUAUUGUAUAGAAUGUUUAAUUACUAAUAAUAGAUAAUUAUAAAAUGGAUAAUGUAAUUGUAUAGAUGGAUAUUAUUCUAUUAUAUCAAAUCCAUAAUGUUAAAUAUGUCAUUAAUUUUGUAAUACAUGUAAUGGACCUACUUCUAAUGAUUGUAUUAAUUGCAACAAUAUUAUUAAUAUUGAAAUUAUAGGAUCAACUUGUAGAUGUCCAUCAGGAUCAUAUUAUUAAGAAUCAAUAUAAACAUGUUCUUAUUGUCAUUCAUCAUGUUAAACAUGUUUUAGAACAACAAUAGAUGGUUGUUUAACAUGUGAUAUAUCAUUAAAUAGAAUAUUAAUAGGAUUAUAAUGUUAAUGUAUAUCUGGUUAUUAUGAAUUAAAUAAUAUUUGUAUAAGUAAUUAAAUUAUUUAUUAUUAUUAAUAGAUUGUCCAAAUAUAGAAGAUAUAUCUUUAAAUAAAUGUUAUAAAUUAUGUAAUAAUAAUUAAUAGAUAUGGCAUACAAUUAUAUGUAAUUCUUGUGAUAAUGGAUUUUAAUUAAUAUCUGGUGAAUGUUAACCUAUUUGUGGAGAUUAAUAAAUAAAAGGAUAUGAAUAAUGUGAAGAUAAUAAUAAUAUUUUAGAUGAUUUAUGUUAUAAUUGUUAAUAUUAAUGUCCAAUUCAUUGUUUAACAUGUAAUUAAUAUACUAUUUUACCAUGUCCUGAUAUUUGUGGUGAUGGAUAUAUUACUGGAAUUGAAGAAUGUGAAGAUGGUAAUACUAUAUAAUAUGAUGGAUGUUAUAAUUGUAAAUAUUAAUGUUAGCCUUCAUGUACUUAAUGUAUUAAAGGUUAAUGUUUUGAAUGUGCUACUGCAGGAUGGUUUAUUGAUCCAACAAUUAUUCCUUGGUUAUGUAAAGAAAGAUGUGGAGAUAUGUAAAUUGUUGGAAAUGAAUAAUGUGAAGAUGGAAAUUCAAGUGAUACAGAUGGUUGCAAAGAUUGUAAAUAUUUCUGUAGAAUUGGUUGUUCAUCAUGUGAUUAUACUACUAAAACUUGUUUAAGUUGUGAAUUCCCUGGUUUUGUUCCUAAUUCUUAUUAUUGUAAAAAUAUUUGUGGAGAUGGACUAGUAGUAACCGAUCCUUAUGGAUUCUAUUCAGAAUAAUGUGAUGAUGGUAAUACAAUUAAUUAUGAUGGUUGUAGUAGUUCAUGUUAAUUUUAAUGUUAAUUAUCAUCUAUUUGUACUAGUUGUAUUAAUAAUAAAUGUGAAAUUUGUGCUCCUGAAUAUUAUUUAUCUUCUAAUUAAAUAUGUAUUCCAAUAUGUGGAGAUUCAAUUAAAUUAACAGUUGAGAAAUGUGAAGAUAGUUUUGUAUUACCAUAUAAAGGAUGUUAAAAUUGUAUUCCAAAGUGUUAAUCUUCUUGUUUAAAUUGUGAUAAUAGUGGACUUGGUUGUCUCUAAUGUAAACCAGGUUAUGAUAGAAUUGAUAAUUUAUGUUAUUCAAUAUGUGGUGAUAUGAUAAUUACAGAUGAUGAAUAAUGUGAUGAUGCCAAUUUUAUUAUAGGUGAUGGAUGUCAUUUCUGUUAAUUUACUUGUUAACAUUCAUGUCUCAAUUGUAUUUAAGGACUUUGUUAUCAUUGUUAAGAUGGUUAUCAAUUAUAAUCAUUUAAAUGUUAUCCUAUAUGUGGAGACGGAAUUUACUAAAAUGAUGAAUAAUGUGAUGUUUUAAAUUCUUAAGUAUCUUAAAUCAACUGUAAAUCUUGUAAAUUUACUUGUGAUAUCAAUUGCCAUUUAUGUCAAUUUGGUAUAUGUUAACAAUGUAAAGAUGGUUAUUAUUUUUCUUUGAAUCAAUAAUAUUGUAUUAAAACUCUAGAGAAUACUAUUGUAAUUGAUAACUGCUAGAUUUAAAUUGACUAGAUUUGUGUCAAAUGUGAAAAUUAUGCAUACUUUGAUAAAGUUGAAUAGAAGUGUAAAUUAAAUGUUAUACCUUUAACUUUUUGUUAAUAUUAUCUUAAGGUAUCUCCAGAUUUAUAUUGCAAUCAAUGUUUUGAAUACUGCAAAUAAUGUGAUGAAAACAAUUGUAUAACUUGUUAGAGCGGAUAUUAUUUGGAUGAAAACUUUUAAUGUAUUUCCUUUUGUGGAGAUGGAAUACUCUCACAUGAUGAAUAAUGCGAAAUUAAUGAUCAGGAUUGCUUAAGUUGUAUGUAUGAAGCUCCAAAGUUAUGCUAAUUAUAUUUUUUAAAUCUUUGUUAUGAAUGUUAACAUGGAUAUUAUUUUAACUAAUAUUCCAACAUCUGUGAAUCUCAUUGUGGAGAUGGAAUUGUAGCUCAUGAUGAGGACUGUGAAGAUAAUAAUCAUUUACAAUAUGAUGGUUGUUAUUAUUGUAAAUACUCUUGUAAUUAAUAAUGUAUUAAUUGUAUAAUGGGUUAAUGUUAAGAAUGUGAAAAAAAUUACUUUCUUUAAGAUGGUAUUUGUUAUGGUUAAGAGAAUGAUACUUAAUGCACACCUGAAUGUAAGCUAAACUUAAUGGGAUAAUGUUUAAUUUGUGAGAAUGAAUAUUAAUUAAAUGAGUAUGGUGAUUGUGUUUCUAAAUGUCAAGAAGGUUGUGUUUAUUGUAAUAAUGGCUUAUGCUUAUAAUGUUCAUAAUAAUAUUAUUUAGAAAAUAAUAACUGUAUUUUAAUAUAGGAAUGCUCAACAGGUUUUUACUUCAAUUAAGAUUUAUUAUUUUGUGAAUCAUCCUGUGGUGAUGGAUACAUAACUGGAUGGGAAGAUUGUGACGAUUAGAAUAUGCAAUAGUUUGAUGGUUGUUAUUAGUGCAAAUAUGAAUGUGUUGAUAAUUGUAUUGAAUGUAUAUAGGGUGAAUGCUUCCAGUGUUCUUAAGAGUUUAAUUUAAUUGAAAAUAAAUGUUUAUCAAAAUGCUAAGAAACUUGUCUUAAUUGUUUAUAAGGAGUAUGUUAAUUUUGUAGCAGUGGUUAUUAUUUGAAUGAAUAUUAUUAAUGCGUAAAAAUUGAUUGUGAGUAUGAUUUCAGCUGUAAUUAAACAUGUGGAAAUGGUAUAAUUGAAGAUUUAGAAUAGUGUGAUGAUUAGAAUCUAAUUAAUGAUGACAGUUGUAAUAAUUAUUGUGAAAAAACUUGUGAUCCUAAUUGUAUUAGUUGUAUUGAUGGUGUUUGUUUUAAAUGUAAAGAAGGAUGGAAAUUAGGUUUAUUCUAUUGUGAAUCUAAUUGUGGAGAUUUAAUUGUAGUAGGAAAUGAAGAAUGCGAUGACGGAAAUUCAAUUAAUUAUGAUGGAUGUUUUUAAUGUAAAUUCUAAUGUGCUCAAUUUUGUAAUGAAUGUUAAAAUGGAAUAUGUUUAUCUUGUUAAAAUUAUUUUGAAUUAGAUUAAUAAAAUAAUUCAUGUAAACCAACUCCUCCUUUGCUUGUAAUUUAUGAAUAGCCAGAUUGUAAAUUGUUAAAUAAUAACUAAUGUAUAUAAUGUUAGUUUGGAUACUUAGAUUUGAUAACCAAUAAUUGUAUUAUAGAGUAUAAUAUGAACAAAUGCUCGAGAAAUUGUAAAAAAUGCUUACUAUAGUAAUGUAUAGAAUGUGAAUAAGGAUAUUAUGGCAAUAAAUGUAUUCCUAAAUGCGGUGAUGGUAUAAUAGUAUAAGAAGAGGAGUGUGAUGAUGGUAGUUAGUACUCAUUAGAUUCUUGUUUAAAUUGUAAAUACUAAUGUCCUCAAUAUUGUAAAAAGUGUGCUUAUGGAGUGUGUACUCAUUGUUAAGAAGGAUUCUAUUUGGAUAUUGUAAGUAAUUCAUGUAAUUCUGUUUGUGGAGAUAAAAUAUAGGCAAGUGAUGAAGUAUGUGAUGAUGGUAAUGAAUUGAGAUAUGAUGGUUGUUUUUAAUGCAAAUAUCAAUGUCAAAUGGAAUGUUUAAAUUGUUAAUUUGGAAAAUGUAUAUAAUGCGAAUCUUCUCUAGUACUAGUAUAAUCAAAGGGAACUUGUGAAGAACUAAAAUAAUGUGAAGGUUUGAUAGGAUUGUAUUAUGAUAGUUUCACUAAUGAUUGUAUAACUAGAUGUGGAGAUGGAAUUGUGUUAGGCAGUGAAUAAUGUGAAGAUUAGAAUAAUAUUCCUUAUGAUGGAUGUUAUGAAUGUAAAUAUUAGUGUGAUAAAAUGUGUUCAAAUUGUUUGAAAGGUGAAUGUUUUGAAUGCUAAGUUGGUUAUUAUUUAAAUGGACAGAAAUGUGAAACAAAAUGUGGAGAUGGUAUAAAAAAUGGUGAAGAAUUAUGUGAUGACAAAAAUGAUGUUGUUAGAGAUGGUUGUACAUUCUGUAAAAUUGAUCCUUCUUAUAAAUGUGAAGAAGAUAAAUCAUAAUAAAGUUAUUGUUAUAAAUGCUAAGAAAAUUGUGAUGAUUGUAAAUUAAACAUUAACAAAAUAGAAUGUUUAAAAUGUAAAAUUGGUUAUUUUCUUAAAGAUAAUUCAUGUAAUUAAUGUUCAGAAAAAUGUGAGGAAUGUGAAAAUACUCCAAAUAAUUGCACUAAAUGCAUAACUGAUGGUUGUAAGAAAUGUGAUAAUAUAUCUGGGUUAUAUUUAGAUAAACAAUUAAAAUCAUGUGUUACUAAAUGUGGAGACAAUAUUAUAGCAGGUAAAGAAUAAUGUGAUGACGGUAAUCAGACUGAUAAAGAUGGAUGCAAUUCUAAAUGUGAAAUUGAAAAAGAAUUCAUUUGUAAAGAUGGUGUAUGUAUUUUGCCACCUAAAAAAUAAGUUACUUUUACUUAUUCUAAUUCAACUACUGCUAAUGAUUUUGAUUUGAAUUUUGAGGAUAUAAAGAUAGAAGGUCUUUGUGAUAAAUUAUAAAUUUGGAUAGAAUAAUUUUAAUCAAAUGAAUUCUUAUAUAAUAUUACAAUAAAAGAAGAUUACACAUCAAUAAGUUAGGGUUGUUAAAUAUAAUUUAAAUUCUUUAAAACAAUAUUAGAAUCUAAUCUUAUUCAUUUAUUAGUUCCAUUAAAGGAAAAUGUUACAAGAAUUCUUGAAGAAGAUACAAGAGAGAUUAUUAUAACUCCAAGAAGAUUGGUGUAUUAUAAUGAAGAUUAAAAAGCACAAGCUUAAAGCAUAGUAGCAGCUUCUUCAACAUUCACAUUCCUACUUUAAUUAAUUGGACCUUUAACUAUUCUUUUAGGUGGAUUCAAUUUCUUCUGGACAAUUCUCGAUAUUUUGACUUGGAUUAAUAAUUUUUACUUUCUUAAUGUGGAUUAUCCUUUAAAUGUUAAAUUAUUUUUUAAUUAACUUUAAUGGGGUGAUAUAAUUAAUAUUCCUGAUAUUAUUUCAUUAAAUUCACCAGAUGAUCCUUAUUAUUUUGAAGCACCUCCUAAAUUUGCUGAAAAAGAUGUGAAUCCAUUAUUUCUAAAUAAUAUUUAGUUAUUUUGUGGACUAAUUUUACUUGCAAUUUUAGCCUAUAUCUGUGCAAGUGGAAUAGUAUAAAUUAUUAAAAAUAAAUAUGAACCAAAUUCUAUAAAAUCACAUAAAAUUGAAAUUUUUUCAGUGAAUCAACUCAAAUAGAGUGUUGAAAUAAUUUCUCCACAGAAGUUGCCAACAAAAAUACUAGAUAUAUAACCAAAGAAAAUGCCAUCUCUAAUAAAUGCUAUUUAUAAAGAACUUCUAAGUUUUAUAGAGAAUUUUAGAGCUAGAUUGCUAUAAAUAAUUGGAUUAGUAUUUUUGGAUAUUUGUUUAGCUUGUGUUCUUUAAUUAUAAUAUAAUUGCAAUUAAGAAUAUACUAUCAUCUAAUUGAAUAUUAUUUUAGCUGUGGUUGGUAUUAUUUUUAUUUAUUUGGUAUUUAAAUUAUAUUCUUUUGUUUGUUCUUAACAUGAAAUUUUAUAUGAAAAUAAAAUCUUUUCAAGUUAUUAUUCUUCAUUAUAUGAAGGAAUCAAUACUAAAUAAUAAUUGGCUAGGAAUUAUUGUUAUGUUAAUUUAAUGAGAAAAGCUUUGUUUAUAUUUUUUACAAUAUAUUUUUAUGCUGUGCCUUUAUUGUAAACAUCAUUAUGUUGUUUAACAUGCUUCUUAAAUUUAGCAUUAAUUAUUUAUUAAAAUCCAUUUGAAAAUAGAAGUAUACUUAUAUAAACAGCCGUACCUGACUCUUGUAUUUUCAUUAUCAUUUUUAUUACAGUUUUACUGGCUAUUCAUGAUGUAAGUAAUCUAUUCUCAUUUGAUCAAAAGUAUUUCAUAGGAUGGGUAAUAUUAUUUUUUAUUGGGUUUUCAAUAUUAGUUUAAUUGAUCUUUCUAUUCUAAUAGUUUUUUAUUGAAUUGAAAUAGAGACUGAUUUAAUUAAAGGAUAUUAUAUGUUCAUUAAAAAUUAAAAAGAAUUGA